UAGAUAGCGGCGAAUGACACACCCACUCAUCGGAUUAAUUCAGUAUCACAGCAGGUCUACGAUUAACUCUUUAUGUGUGUAUCAGACAGCCCCGUUAAUUCCCUUCUCUAAAGAAUCUAGUCUAUGCUGCUGAUUUAAACAACAGCGAUUCAUCCAGAUAAAAACUAAAUAGCGACUUUUUUUUUUUUUGUUUUCCCCCAGCAAUUUGUGUUCAGGCUUCUAACGCGCUACCUCCCUACAGGGGGCCUUUCCGUUUUACUGUAACACUCUGUGACGACUCUGAAUGUGAAAACGUGCUUCACUCUAAAGUCUGAUAAAAGUUAAGACCAUGUGCGUUGAUACGGUUGAUACGAUGGGAUAGAUGACGUCACUCCUUUGACUCUCGGAUCAUGAUUCUCUCCUGAUUGGCUGCUUCACAGUCGCGUGCAAAAAUGAGUUCUGAGGUCUGCCCUUUCUGUGGGAAGACGUACAAAAGGCUGAAAAGUCAUCUGCCGCACUGCAAGGCAGCAGGGAGCUCCAAAGCACCUCCAGCCAAACGCGAUGUCGCAGCAAAUCAGACACCGUCUUCCUCGCGGUUGGCCGCCGCCUCGUCCCAAGCGAAAGCGGGGGAGGAAAAGUCAACACAGACGCUCCCAGUGACAGCAAGUCCGCGGUCAAAGAAGAGCACAAAGAUUCCUUCUGUAUCAUCAGUCCCACCGUCAACACCCCCAAGUUCGGUAUUAGCUUCCUCACCAACGAAGAAGAAGAAGAAAGAAAAGCUGUCGGAACAAAUCAAGGCGGCUAAGAUCGUCUCCUCUACCUCACUCGGCGCCUCCCCGUCGCCGUCUCCACCUUCCAACGUCUCGGAGCCCAAAAGAAAGAGUCUCCGUGCUUUGAUCGAGGCUGCAAAGUCCAAACAGGUUUCUGAAGGAUCAGGGGAGGGGACCAGAUCUGCACCGGAGGACCUGCCUUCAGCGUCGGCUCCACUUGGGACAGAUUCUCUAAACUCUCUAAACGUACAGACAGAAACCAAAACAAAUCUUGACGAAGCCUUAGGACAGGACACUUCACAUCCUGUGUUUUUAUCUAAGGGCUCCAAACCCGAAGGUGCGUCUAAAAUGAAGGCGACGAGGACAAAGAACGCCAUAUCAUCUCCUCUUCCAAUCAAUGAAACCUCUCCGGACUCCGAAGUAAAUGACCGUACUGCAAAAUCACGUUUAAGAGGCGGAUUCUGGGUAACAACUGAUGUGGGAGGUACAGAUUUACCCGUGAGUGAGAUGUUCUCAAAACCAGAAGGUAGGAUUACGCUCCAGGAUGUUAAAGCCACUCUAGGCCGCGCUAAAAACCGUCCGCACAACAGGCCGAGCAUCCUGAGCCAGAUUCGAACCGAUGAUCUAAGCGGCGAAAUCAGACCUGCGCUUCCAACAGGAAAUGAAGAAAGCAACUUGGUUUCAACUCAGACUCCCCCGAACGAGCUUUCGAGCAACAGUUCUCGAAGUGCGGAGCGACAAUCAGCUCCAGGGAAAAGUUCAAAGUCUAAAGAAGCAACUUUAACACCUCUACAACACCAUGUUUCCCCUCAGCCUGGACUCCCCGAGGCUUCCGUUCUUUCUGGCUAUUUAUCAUCGCAGGUGAACAAAGCCACGCCCCCUCCGCCGGCGGUCAGGGUGAACGAGGCGUUGAAGGCAGGCCAACGCCACGCAGGACUCCUCUGUCAACCCCCCUCGCUCGCUCACGCUUUACGUCUUCCUCCACAAGCUCUGCCAGCGAGGGAGGAGAUGUUAAGAUUCGGUGAUGGGUCACAGCUGGAGGUCAGGAGGCAAAAAAACACUGCCGGAAAUGGAGCAAAAGGUGCUCUGACAGAGCGAGGUCUUGGACAGGUGAGACUGAGGGAGCUACCUGAGUGGCUGGCCUGCAAAACUCCCAGCCAUCCCAGAGAUGUGGUGCACAUGGUGCGAAGAGGCUGGCAGUGGUAUUACAAGAGGUACAUUGAUGUGAGGAAAGGUGGUGUAGGUGGAGUGGGCAUGUUGUUAGCAGGAUACUGUGUGCUCAGCUACAUCUGGAGUUACCCUCAUAUAAAACGUGAUCGCUGGAGGAAGCACCACUGAAGCCAGGAGAUGAUGAUUGUACAAGAGAGACUCUGAGUGAGAGAACAGCAGCUGUGGAAGAUGCGACAUUUUCUUCACUUCAAGGUUUAUUACAUAUCAUUUGUUCAGAUCUGAACUACUCCAGAGGUUUGAUUGUUAUCAGUUUCUCAACAAGGUAGCAUUCAUUUUAAAGAUUCAUAGCAAAAGUACAACGGUUUGGAUGAGAUACCAACUGCAAUAGAAUGAGAUGAAGUUUUAUACUUGUUACCUGGGAGUUACUUCCAGCGGCUGCUUAGCUUAGCAUGAGGUCCAAACCGGAGGGUCGCUGAAAAGCUCACCUGGCCGAGUCAGAUGCUGACAAAUCCCGCAACCAAAUGCUUCAAAUGUAUCGUUGCGUUUUCUUUAUUUAAAUAGGGCAUCACUUACCUUUUUAAAAGUGAUGGUCUCCCGCUGUGAGGUGCAUACUUGAACAGGCAACUCAGGAAGAUUUCAGGAGCAGCCUGUCCAGAAAUGUUCUAGACAUUUUCAGGAGUGCAUGUGUGAAAAUGUUUCAUUUUAAAGCUAAUUAGCUGCUGGGUGUAGCCUCAUUUGGGGCAGAUUUUCAUGUAUGGCACUUAACAUCCAGUUGAAUUCAUCAUCAGAAAAUGAACUAGUCAUUCCCGAAAGAGUUGAAAUAUUCCUUUACAGCCAGAGCAGUUGUGACUAUGAUGACAGCAGUUUAACACUGAAGUGAUUUGCACAUUUCAGGGCAUUUAAAAUGACAUGCUGUAGUCAUUGUAUUGCAUCUUGUGUGUAUUACUUUUUACUUUCAAAUCGUUUAUUCACAUGUAUAUUUUAUUUAUUCUAUCUUAUAUAAGGACUGAAAAAGGUUAACCAGGGAACCACUGAAAAGGACUAAUUUGGUCAUCAUAGGGCGUGUAUGACAGUGCCGCUGUGUUUCCCAGGAGCUCCACUAGGUGUCACUGUUUUCUUGUGUUACUAAAAAUCAAAGGGGCUGGGCAGUCAAAAUGUUUUGCUAUGCAGAGUUUGCUUUGCUGCUUUGUGCAGAGGCUCUGGAGACCGGGUGCACGAGGGGAUUAAAGGGGAAACCAAAGAGAUUUUAAACUCGAUAAAAAUUGUACUCAGGCAGCCUGAAUGUAACGAAACAUGAAAGUAAAAAAAAAAUGUCCUAACAUUAAAAUCAGUGAGAAUAAAAUGUUAUCUGUGUAGCAGAGGGUUACAAAUCCUGUUUUGUUUUGCAAAAGCUUCCUCUGUCACAUGAUGUCAUUAUGCAUGCUCAGUCUGCCAGUGCGAGUAUGUGAGCACUCACUGAAUAGUAAUGGAGGGACACUGAAGGAGGUUUUUUUUUUUCAGCUGGGACUGGACCAGUGUGUGAUUGUAUUCAAAAUGAAUUUAUUGUUGACUCUCCUUGCUGCUGUAGUGAACACACACAUUAGCUACAAAUGAAGAAAUGACAGUAUUUUUGUAACAACUUGUUUUUUUUCCUGAUGCCGCUCCUCAGGCAACACAAUAAAAAAU